AUGUCUUCAGAAACGGUUGGAAGAACAUGGAAGAAGCCAACGGCAACCAAUCAGGCUCGGUACGAGCAGCCAACAGAGCGCAAGGAAGGAUCACAAGUCAACUGUUCGGCACUGACUCUCACUUGCCAAUACACCCAAAGGAAACAAAGGGGACCAGGAAAGAGUAAAGCCUACAUUCAGAGUCUUGAAGAUCGUUUGGAACGACUAGAAGCCUCCUUUCAAAAGAGCACUGAGAGCCAAGAAGAUUCAAGUGUCGCUGGUGAGCAGCAAGAGUUGCCAAAUCCAAGUCAAGCGGACAAUGUGUCGCCGACCACCCAAAAUAACAUUGAGCUCAACCCGAUGAUUGGCCUGCAUGGGGUUGCAGGAGGCCAUGUACUGGACUCCGAGCCAGGAGAGACGUCAUCCACGGAUCUAAGCAACUCCAACCCUAUGAGAGCAUUAGUUCAAAAGUUCAAGGACCUGAAUAGGGUCCGUCAGCGGAUAGAGGACCAUCUAGACCGUGAACCAUUCAGGAGGCACAUAUUCUCACCGCGUCCCCCGGAGUCCGAGGCGAGAGCUCUGGCAUUGAUACUGACGGACGGCGAAGACAAUUACUCUCCGCUUCUCACAAUCCUGACAGACCGAAGCAUAAUCGACAACCAGUACACAACGAAUGAUGACACAGACGAUGAUCCUGGCCGAUGGGCUCUAUUCAAUACACUAUUGGCCUCUGGGGUCCUUCUGAGAGCUUCGAAUGAAUCCCUCGAUGUGUUGUCUCCGAUGGCUUGGGGAUUCUUCAAGAAUGCCUACUCGACUGUUCCGGAACUUCUAUUGUCCGGAACUGAUACUAUCGCCUGCGAAGCUUUUGUAUCCAUGGCGAUCUUCCUUCGAGCAGUUGGAGACGCCCGAAGCUAUUUGCAACUGACGGGGGCAGCCGCCCAAGUUCUGCGGAUUAUCACAUUGACAAAGAGACAGGAACAAGCUCCGAACACUAGCCCUCUUGUUGAGAAGCUUCCACGGGCGGUAUGGGUAACUCAAAUUGCUAGUUCCGAUGCGACAAUGAAGUACGGGGUGGCUCCUAUAUAUGGGGACAGCGAGCUAGAAGAAGCAGUUCCCACCACAGGCGACGGCAAGUCGAUACGCUCUCUACAUAUCAUGGCAAACCUUUCCCUUAUCCAGUCACGCAUACACAAGCAACUCUAUCUCUCUGGCGAUCGAAAGGAGGACGAUGCAGAAACAGUGCGGUUACGAUUAGAACACGAUCUGGAUGAGUGGUUGCAGGCUGUGCCUGCCCUGGUUGAUAUCAACAAUUAUCCGGACGAGCAGAACUGUAUACAUGCCGUCUGGAUGCAUUUUGAGUACCACAGUGCGAUGAUCAAGAUUCAUUCCGGCUCAACACUGCCUCGACCGCACCAAGACUCCAAUCCAGUCGGGAAAGGGGCGCAACGAGACUGGCUUAAAUGCACCAGUGCAGCACGAGCCAUCAUCGCCCUUUUGCGUAACUUUCCAAGGGUCCCUUUCAUAACCAUGUGGGGAUUGAUCUGUCACCCACUUUCGGCAACUCUUCUACUGCUAGCGGCUGUGCUCGACGAUCCGUUUUCAACGGAAGCCCUUUCGGACGUGAACUUGAUGAGGCAGUUCGUCGUAUUCCUACGCAACCAGCAGGCCAAAGGAUGUGGCAUCGAGAAGAUAGUCGAUGGUUGUUCGAAGCUACACUAUAUCGCAGCUCAUGCUAUCAAAGGGGAAGCUUCGCCGGCCGAGACCAUAGCUUUAGCCACAAGGUUGGGCCUUUUUGAUGUGGACGGUGUUAUCCCGCCUCUUCGUCUCGAGUUGCUGAAAGUCACCGACUGGAUGCAACUUGCGCAAGGUCUACUGACCAACCUACCCGGAUUGAAGUCCCGAGCGGACGCCUUAUUCUCCAAAGUGCUCAAGAUGGAAGGAAGGGUGCAAGGGGAGUUUGGAAUGUUUGCUCCUGAGGUUUUUGAUCCUCGUAGAUACAACUUCUUUUUCAAGACUUGA